AUGACUUCCAACAAAGCUAGUAGUUCUACUCGUCUUCCAAGUUUAUAUCGUAAAACACUUAUAAAAUCGGAAUUUGAUUAUCGCCGUGAAAUACGUCGUAAAUUAGACCGAAUUCAACAUGACAAUCGUGAUAUGAUGCGUCGUCAUUUUGCCAGUGAUCAUGUAUUUGCACACGAACUUUUAACCAAGCGUCACCAAUGGUUUGGUAUCGAUAAAACAUAUCGAGAUGCAUGUCGAACAAUGUGGAAUCGUCAGGCAGCUAACGCUACUCGAACAAGUCAUAUGACUUUGCCAAGUGUUUACUCGAGAGAAGAUGCUUCGCCAACAAGUAUAAUAUCACCGAGAACAGAAGAAGAUCUACUAGACAGUGAUGAAAAAAUCCGAAAUGACUUUUUACGCAAACAACCAGUGAUGUUAGAAAUUAUGGGCGCACCACAUUCAUCUCUAUGUCUAAAACAUAAACAAGCUGUUGAAUUAAGAAAAAUAAGCGCUCAAAAACGGCAUACGCACAUUCAAACAACAGCUGUCAACGAUAAUCGUUAUAAACAACUUGUACAUUCAUUACAAGACAAUUAA